AUGCUGUAUCUUGAGGAUUAUUUAGAAAUGAUUGAGCAUUUGCCGCAAGAACUACGCGACAGAUUCACAGAGAUGCGUGAGAUGGAUUUAAGCGUUCAGAAUAACACGGACGCCCUCGACAAGCGUGUUCGUGCUCUGUUCCAGCAAUGCCGUCGUGCCGAAAUCUCAUCUCCUGAGGCCGAUAUCGAGUUCGAUGCUAUCCGCACCAACUACUACCGGGUGCUCGAUGAUUCGGACGAAAAGAUCCAGCUCGCCGCUCAGAUGUACGAUCUGGUGGAACGUUACCUGCGCCGGCUCGAUACCGAGCUGUAUAAGUUCAAAUGCGAGCUGGAAGCGGACCACAACGGCAUCACGGAGAUACUAGAAAAGCGGUCGCUCGAGCUGGACAACGCUACCAGUAACGGUGGAACCAAUCAGAAAGAGAAUCGGUUCUACGACACACACAAUUCACACACGUCGAGCCAUUCUGGCCGGUCGGACAGCCGGUACAAAAUGAAGGCAGAAAAACGCCGAGAGAGUGUGGCUGCUACCGCGUCUAGUGCGGCUUUGGAAAAGCGCACCAUGGCUGCGUCGGUUGCAAGCACUUCAAAACCAUUGAACAACGUCGUUGUCCAACCCGCUACGCCUGGUUCACUUCAGGGAACAGUUAGUGGAACUGGUGCCAUAAGUACGGCCGUACCCGGGGUCGGUGUCGUACCGGGUGUGGCCAGCGUCGGGAGUAUCGGUUCUGUCGCAGGCGUCAGUGCCGUCGGAUCGCAUCCGGUAAUGGCCAGUUCGGCCGGUGGUUCCGUUGCCACAUACAACCUGCAAACAUGUGGUGCCGGCAAUGCGAUUGUAGCCGCUGCAAGUCAAGCCAUCGCCCAAACACAGCAAAUGCAACAGGGUCGCCGCACCGCUAGUCUGAAAGCAUCUUAUGAAGCCAUUGGUGGGGUGGGAUCGCACGAGCUGUUGCUGAAUAGCGAGCUGGCAGGUGCGACUCAUAACGCGCUGCAAGCCAUCGAGCGGGAAACGAGUGCGUUCUCGAACCAGCGGCGUCAAAAGAAAAAGAGUGUUAAUGCAACCGUUGGAUGUAGCAACAUGCGCGGGAACACAACGAUGCUUGCUAACAACGCUACCGUAACGUCGAUUUUAUCAUCGUCCGUUUCAAACAUCCAGCCUCCGAUAUCGAACCCGACAGCUCUCCCUGCUGGAACGGUUCAAGUGCAAGUCCCUCUGUCAACGCAACCAAUAACCAGCAUUACUCUUCAGCAGCCGCAGCAACAGCAGCCACAGCACCAGCAACAGCAACAGUCCUUCAUACAGCAGCAGCAGCCUCUCGGUCAACAGGGGUCGGUGCAAUCCCAGCAGCUGCUGAUCCAUGCGAACUCCCCGGUGACUCUGCAGCAAUUGCAGGUAUCACACUCGCAGCCAUUGAUACAACAGUUGUCGCUGCAGCAACAGCAGCAGGCUCAAUCGUCAAUCAAGCAACAAGUUCAACCCCUACAACAACCCCAGCCUCAACAGCUUCAACUCACCAACCAACAACAGAAACACGUACAACUGCUGCCGACAGCGCAAGUACAGCAUCGGCUUCCGCGUCAGAUCCAGCAAACUUUGCAACAGUCUGCCCAUAUUUCGCAAUCUUCGCUACCGCUGCAACCUCUGCAACAGUCCCAGUUGCUGCAACAGGCCCAGUUGCAUUCGGUUUCGCACCAGCAGCUAUUGCAUGCGCAACCGCAGCCAAAACAGCAGCAGCAACAUUUGCAGCAGCUAAAGUCGUUGCAACACUCGACCUCGUUCCAAUCCCAAGCUCAGUCUCCACAGCAGCACAUCGUACAGCAGCAGGUAGUGCAGCAGCUGCAACAGCUGCCGGUGCAACAACUACCGGUGCAACAGCAGCACCAGCUGUUGGAGCACCAGCAGAAGGACGUGCAAUUACAGCAAGCUGUACAGCAGUUGCCACAACAACCGCAGCAGCAUCAGCAAGUGCUGCAACAACAGCAAGUGCUGCAACAACAGCGUCAGCUCAUACUGCAACAACAACAACAGCAUCAGCAGCAACCGCAGAUCCAUCUCGCGCAACAACAGUUGAUUCAGCAUCAACUACAACACCAACAGUCACAACCACAGCAACCGCAGCCGCAGCCGCAGCUGCAACUGCAAACGAAACAGCUACUCCAGCAGCUACCCGGCCAGCAGACGCUCCAAACCCAACCGGUGCUCCAGCAACAGCAAUCGUUCCUUCCCGUGGUGCCGCAAUCGAGCAAUGUUGCGCUUUUGAACGCACCUGCACCGAUCGAUACGUUGCUCGCUAACAAUCCGGGCCCCAGCGGAAGCAGCAGCACCAGCGGGACCGCCGGCACCAGCGCAGCUAGCAACACCACGAGUGGCAGUAACGUCGAUCCAGGAGCGGCAUUAGAACAGGCACCGGAAGGGGAAUGGUUCGAUCCCAACGAGCCGCGUUACUGUCUCUGCAAUCAAAUCUCGUACGGAGACAUGGUAGCAUGCGAUAACGUGGAUUGUCCCUUCGAGUGGUUCCAUUAUCCUUGUGUAAACAUCAUUUCAUCGCCCAAAGGAAAAUGGUACUGUCCGCAGUGUAGCAGCUCUAUGAAACGUAGAGCUCCUAGAAAAAACUAAACUUUGCUUUUAAG